UGGCUGCCCAGCUAGGGGAAGAAGGAGAGGAGUGCAUUUUACCUCCUCCACAGCCCCAAGAACUCAGCUCAGCCAAUUGGAUCCCCUCCUCAAAUUCUCAUGUCCUGGGGUCCCAGGGAGGGGGAGUGGAACCUAGCUGUGCCUCCUCUCUGACCUUUGCAUGCCCUGAGCUGGCCUACUUUGGCCAGCAAUCCUUGGAUUCUUCUCAUGGUGCCAUUCAGAUCCAGCAGAAACAGUGUUUUUCCUGGAAAGCAGAACUAAGAUGGGGUGAGGGCUGUGAGUAGGCAGGGCCUCAGCGAGAAGGAAGGGGCUGGGGCUGGGGGUAGGGAGAGACAUGGUUUGAGGACAGGUAUAGAAGCCCCCCACUACCCAGUGUUUACAGCUAGACUUAAGGGUGGACUUUCCAGGUAUACCUGAAGGAGAGCCUCAGACGCAUGGGCUGCUAUGAAGGCUGCAUCUCUCCUUAGGUGCCCCAGCCAUUUUGGCUGAGCAUUGUAAGAGAAAAAAAAAAAAAGCAGAAAACUAGUACAUGAGCUAAGUCACCCUGAGCCAAUGCCUUGUGGAUGCUGGCACCCAUUGGGAGAAUAAGUCACUGCCUCUUCUCAAGAGAUGAAGCUAUUAGCACUUAGUUUAUCCCUUGGACAAAAAAAAAAAAAAAAAAAAAAAAAAAGCUGUAUGACACUGUUCCUCCAUAAGGAGCUUAGUUAAAAGGGGAAGAAAAGAAAGACUGGGGCGGGUAAGAGAGUAAGAGAGUAAGAGGGGUAAGAAACAAAUGCUCUUGGGUUUUGUUAGGGGGAGGAGGUUGAUUUUCAAUUUUUUUAGCUAGAGGUCCCAUGUCACUCAGGUUUGCCUUGAACUCCUGCUCCUCCUACUCCCCCCUCCCAAGUGUGGGAUUAUGGCUUGUGCCCCUACCCCUGGUACUAAGAGGCCUCUGGCUGGCCCCUCAUGGGUGCCUGGCAUAGCCUGUCUCCUCUAGGACCUGGAGUAUUAGGAGAAAGAACCUCUAGGUCCAAGCUGCCUGCACACAGGCCCUCUUCCGGCUUCCAGAGGAGAUAAGUCCAUCUUGGGCCACAGGGAGGAGACUCAACUGAACUGAGAGGCUGAGAGCACCCUCCAUCCCUGAUGCCAGAGUAGCUACCCUGUCCCUUCUCCCCAGCCCAGGGGCAGUCACAGGAAGAGCAUGGAGCUUUGGCUGGGCAGGCUCUGGCUGUAUGUCAUGCUGCUCUUGCUUCUCCUUCAGCUCUGCCAGGAUCAGGAGCUGUUGGGUCCUUCUCUUCAGACACCAUCAGAGGAGGACCAGGUCCCUGAGGGUCUCUGGGGACCUUGGGGCCGAUGGGCCUCCUGCUCCCAGCCCUGUGGGGUGGGGGUGCAGCGCCGGAGCCGAACAUGUGAACUGCACCCAGCCCUGUCCCUCCCUCCCCGACCCCCAAGACAUCCAGAAGCCCCCCAGCCCCGGGGCCAGGGUUCCAGACCCCAGACUCCACGGGAUCCCCAGUCCCUGUAUAGGCCACAGCCUCGGGGAAGGGGUGGCCCUCUUCGAGGUCCUGCUUCUCAAGUGGGGAGAGAGGAGACCCAGGAGCCUCGGGGGGCCCAGAGGUUCCGUGUUCGAGACCCUAUCAAGCCAGGGAUGUUCGGUUACGGGCGAGUGCCCUUUGCUUUGCCCCUGCACCGGAGCCGCAGGCUUGCUCACAAACCUGGACAGCCCAAGGACUCCUCUACAGCGGAAGAGACACUUCCAUCCCAGCCUCCAAGCACAGAACCAGCCUCUGAAAAGCACAGCCCCCACAUGCAGCCCCCUGAACUGCGUGCCCAAUCCCGUUCCCCCUCAGCUGAAACUCCAAGGUCUGGAACUGCUCAGACAGAAGUGCCCUCCAGAACCAGUUCUGCUCCCUCCGACAUGGGUAUCCCUGCACCCACUUCCUCCUUUAGAGACAGUAGGUCUUUCCAGGGAUCCCCUGAGCCACGAAUGCCAACUUCCCAGGGAGCAGAGCGACAGCCACAUCCUUUCUCUCCUGUCACCCGGAGCCAGCUGAGCCGGAGGCACUGGAGACCUCCGGGGAGUCCUCACAGGUCCCCAGAUGGCUGGCUGCCUCUGACAAGGGACUCCAGCCCACACUGGAGCCUCUUUGCUCCCAGUAGCCCCACUCCAGAAUGUUCUGGGGAAAGUGAACAGAUGAGAGCCUGCAGCCAAGAGCCUUGCCCCCCUGAGCAGCCAGACCCCAGGGCCCUGCAGUGUGCCGCCUUUGACUCCCAGGAAUUCAUGGGCCAGCUGUACCAGUGGGAGCCCUUCACCGAAGUUCAAGGCUCCCAGCGCUGUGAACUGAACUGCCGCCCCCGUGGCUUCCGAUUUUAUGUCCGUCACACUGAAAAGGUGCAGGAUGGGACCCUGUGUCAGCCUGGAUCCCUAGACAUUUGUGUGGCUGGACACUGCCUGAGCCCCGGCUGUGAUGGGAUCCUUGGCUCUGGCAGGCGUCCGGAUGGCUGUGGAGUCUGUGGGGGUGACGGCUCUACCUGCCGUCUCGUUUCGGGGAAUCUCACUGACCGAGGGGGCCCCUUGGGCUAUCAGAAGAUCCUGUGGAUUCCUGCGGGAGCCUCCCAUCUUCGCAUUUCCCAGUUCCGACCCAGUUCCAAUUACCUUGCACUUCGAGGGCCUGGUGGCCGCUCCAUUAUCAAUGGGAACUGGGCUGUAGAUCCUCCAGGAUCCUACGCGGCCGUCGGGACCGUCUUCCAGUAUAACCGUCCUCCUCGGGAGGAGGGCAAGGGGGAGACUCUGUCAGCAGAAGGCCCUACCACCCAGCCUGUGGAUGUCUAUAUGAUCUUUCAAGAGGACAACCCAGGUGUCUUCUAUCAGUAUGUCACCUCUGCAGCCCCAGAGAGCCCUUCCACAAUGCCUCCAGCCCUUCAGCUUCAGCCUGAGAUGCUGAGGGGGGAGCCCUUACUCCCUUCAGCCCCCCGCCCAGUUCGGGCACCAGGCACCCUCCAGCGUCAGGCACGGAUUCCCCAAGUGCCUCCUCCGACUCAUGUCAGGACGGCCAUGGGAUCUUCGGCUGGGUACUGGAAGCAGGUGGGGCACUCUGAAUGUUCAGCAUCCUGUGGCAAAGGUGUUUGGCGCCCCAUCUUCCUCUGCGUUUCCCGUGAGUCAGGAGAAGAGUUGGAUGAACAGAGCUGUGCCGUGGGGGCCAGACCCCCAGCUUCCCCUGAAUCCUGCCAUAGACCACCGUGUCCCCCAUACUGGGAGGCUGGCGAGUGGACGUCCUGCAGCCGCUCCUGUGGCCCUGGCACCCAGCAUCGCCAGCUGCUCUGCAGACAGGAAUUCGGAGGCGGUGGCUCCUCAGUGCCUCCAGAGCGUUGCGGACAUCUCCCCCGGCCCAACAUCACCCAGUCCUGUCAGCUGCGCCUUUGUGGCCACUGGGAGAUUAGCUCCCCCUGGAGCCAGUGCUCUGUGCGCUGUGGUCGUGGUCAGAGGAGCCGGCAAGUGCGGUGUGUUGGAAGUAAUGGCCAUGAGGUGGGCAAGCAGGAGUGUGCUUCCGGGCCCCCGCCACCUCCCAGCAGAGAGGCCUGUGACAUGGGCCCCUGUACCACAGCCUGGUUCUACAGUGACUGGAGUUCCAAGUGCUCAGCCGAGUGUGGGACAGGCAUCCAGAGACGCGCUGUGGUCUGCCUUAGGAGUGGGGAGACCCUUCAGGGGGACCCAGAAGCAGGAAGCACUGAGCAGGGUUGCCCUCUCAGAAGCCGCCCUCCUGACAUGCGUGCUUGCAGUUUAGGGCCCUGUGAAAAGACAUGGCGCUGGUACACCGGGCCCUGGAGUGAGUGCUCCUCUGAGUGUGGGUCUGGCACACAGCACAGAGACAUUAUCUGUGUAUCCAAACUGGGGACCAAAUUCAAUGUGACUUCUCCCAGCAACUGCUCCCACCUACCCAGGCCUCCUGCCCUGCAGCCCUGUCAGGGCCAGGCCUGUGAGGACCAAUGGUUCUCUACUCUCUGGAGUCCGUGUUCUCAAUCCUGUCAAGGAGGUGUGCAGACGAGGGAAGUCCAGUGCCUGAGUAGCAACCACACUCUCAGCUCCCGAUGUCCUCCGCACCUGCGACCUUCUAGGAAGCGGCCCUGUAACAGCCAACCCUGCAACCAGCGACCAGAUGACCAAUGCAAGGACAGUUCUCCACAUUGCCCCCUGGUGGUACAGGCACGGCUCUGCGUCUACCCCUACUACACAGCUACCUGCUGCCGCUCCUGUGCCCAUGUCCUGGAGCAGUCCCAACUGGAGCCUGCUUGAAAUGGGUCCAAGAGACCCCUCUCUUAUGGUUUUCUCGCGCCACCCAUUGAGAUAGCCCAAGGAGUGUACCUGUCCGACCUGGGUGUUUGCCCCCUGUGAACGUUUAUCACUUCCUCAGAAGCACCCUGAGAAAGAAUUAGGAAGUGGACAGGGCUGGCUUCUCUCAUGCUUUUCUGGGCUGGGGAGAAAGCAAGGUUAUAUUUCCACACUAAUCUGAGAUACAUGGAGAGUGUGUGUCCCCAGAAGUUCCAGUUCUGUGCCCCAAUCCUCACAACCACGUCAGGCGGCACAUCUAACUUAUCUUGUUCCUAUCCCUGCCUCAUCUAGUCUCUGUAUUCCUACCACCCAGAUUAGCAGGGGUGGGGGUCAGCCACUGCUACCCUACCUUACCCGACCGAGAAGGACCACACCUCUCCAGUGUAGCGAUCAGUUGUGUCGUGGGUGGAAAUGAGAAACAUCAGCAUAAGACACCCUAGCCCCAGCCCUCACUUCACACUGAAAAUGAUGCCCACCCCAGAAGUAAUUUAUUUUUUAUUAAAGUUGAUUGUGACAAAUAAGAAA